GAGCAGUCACUCCCAGAGGGCGUUUCUCUGCACGCAUCGAGUCUCAGCAAAAACACAGAGCUGAAAUAAAGUUCCAGUAUACCUUGCUCACUUCCUUGAAUGUUUAUACCGGUCUCUGCUCACCUGGUCCUCUCUCUCUCCACCGCUCCGUCUCCUAUGCUGUAACUCCACCGGCCACCAAACAUGGGCAAACACUCCACCAACAUGAGGGUCAAGCUGCCCAUCUUCUGCUUGCUGCUGGAAGCCGUCACCAUCCUGCUUUUUGCCGUCUUUGUGAGGUAUAACGAUGAGACUGACGCCAGCGAAUGGCACGACAGAAUGAAGAAGCACAACGAAUCCAACGCCGAUAACGACUUCUAUUUCCGCUAUGCCAGCUUCCAAGAUGUCCACACGAUGAUCUUCAUUGGUUUUGGAUUUUUGAUGACCUUCCUAAAGUGUUAUGGUUUCAGCAGUGUGGCCUUCAACUUUCUGAUUGCAGCCUUUGGCCUCCAGUGGUCUACUCUCAUUCAGGGCUUUUUUCAUGGCUUCCACGAUGGGAAAAUUCAUAUUGGUAUCGAAAGCAUGAUUAAUGCAGACUUCUGCACGGGGGCUGUCCUCAUCUCCUUUGGAGCCGUUUUAGGAAAGACCAGUCCUGUGCAGCUGAUUGUGAUGACCCUGUUUGAAGUUACCCUUUUUGGUAUUAACGAGUUCAUCAUUCUUAGUAUUCUUGGGGCAAAGGAUGCCGGUGGUUCCAUGACCAUUCACACUUUUGGUGCAUAUUUUGGGCUUGUUGUGUCCCGGGUGCUUUACAGACCUGAACUGGAAAAAAGUCGAGCCAGGGAGGGCUCUGUUUACCACUCAGAUCUCUUCGCAAUGAUCGGAACGAUAUACCUCUGGAUGUUUUGGCCAAGUUUUAACUCUGCUGUCACCGCUCAUGGGGACGACCAACACCGCACUGUGCUAAACACCUACUACUCUUUAGCUGCCUGCACGUUGGCUACCUUUGCUCUAUCGUCAAUGUUAAACGGAGAAGGCAAACUUGAUAUGGUUCAUAUCCAGAAUGCAGCGCUGGCAGGUGGUGUCGCUGUAGGUACGUCAGCCGAGAUGAUGUUGACUCCCUUCGGUGCGAUGAUUGCUGGAUGUCUCGCUGGCAUUAUCUCAGUCCUAGGAUACAAAUUUUUAACGCCAGUGCUGGACUCCAAGCUAAAAAUUCAAGACACGUGCGGGGUACACAACCUCCACGGAAUGCCAGGGAUCUUGGGGGCACUUAUCGGUGUGAUUGUAGCAGCUGCUGCCACCGCAGAUAUUUAUGGAUUAGGCAUGGAAGACGUAUUCCCCCUAAUUUAUGAUGGUACCCGAACAUCGAAGUCGCAAGCUGUUUACCAAUUACUGGCCUUGCUGGUGGCUUUGGCUUUUGCUCUGAUUGGUGGCAUAAUUGUAGGCUUAAUUUUGACGAUUCCCAUCUUCGGUGCGCCAUCUGACGCUCAAUGUUUCGAGGAUGCCAUAUACUGGGAGGUACCCGGUGAAGAAGGCCAUCCACAAAUGAUUGCUGUCAAUACAGACGAUCCAGACCAACAGACAAAUGCAUAAUCCAAAAUGGCUUAAAAUAACCCAAGGGGUGUGUUCUUGGCGAUUCUUAUGGGGCUUUCAACAGUAGCGUCUCUGUAUUCUGGUGCCAAACUAACCCUUAAAUGUGAACCCCUAAGUAUUAGCUGUUAACACCUACCAAGGAACAUUCCAUUAGAGGAGAACUCUAGAUUUAAAAAAAAAACCUGCACCCAUUACGGUGAAGUGGGCGGAACAAAGAUCUCAAUGUGUCUGUGUUAUUCUACUAUACUUUUUAAAAUCUUAAGCUUCUAUGGUCCAAGCUAUUAGUAUUUUUUUGUUGUUGAAAGGACUGCACGUUGUCUUCCUUUGUAUUGUAAAAUUGUUUACAUUUUCAAAAAUAUUGCGUUUGUGUGCUGGGCUUAGGGCAGCCUAAAGGCUGCUUUACAUUUUUGAUCUACGAUGUCCAUGUAUGUGAUUCUUAAUGGAUCAAUCUGUUUCGGUCGCCGGUCACGUCUAUUUUUAAAAAAAUAUGGAAAAUCCAUAAGACACUUUGCCAAGGGGCAAACAAAACACAGUGAACUUUGUGGUGCUAUGGAGCUUUGCAGAAGAGGUCUAUGAGUGGAAGGUGUAGCAUAAAAUGGGCCUUAUCUCAUUUAAUACGACAUUUUACAGAACACGAAUAAACCGUAAUCAGGGAAGAAUGGUUCACAAAGGACCAAGCUGACCUGACGUAUAUACUGAGAUAUCAUUUUGUAGGACUAUCCUCUCAAGACCCGUUUGGCCUUUCUCUGAGUGGAGGAGGUGAACUGAUGAACUCCUUAGCAUUUUUGUGAACGUAAAGGGAAACGUGUUUUUAGGAAUUUCACAAAUAUGAUAAGUUGGUGAAGUUUCUUACUAGCAAACCAAAACGUGUGAGAACGACCUUGAACAAAGGACUAUUGUUAAAACAGUGGGGCAAUGAACAGGUGGGAGGAGAAAGGAAUGUUAGAAGUAUUUCUUGUAUUUGAAUGUCUGGUUUCGCAAUAACUGCUCCCAAGUUCCAUUCUGAAGUUUUUAUAAGAAUGCGGUCGGAGGAUAAAUUGAGCAGUAUUGCAAGGACACAGCAGUCCGUCAUAAUAACACAAAAGGGUAUUUAUUUUGGCAACAUAGUAGCCAAAUACAUUACACCUUAACAUCCAACUACAAACCCAGCAGGCAUGAUGGAAAAAUGAUCAAUUUACAAUGCUAGAUUUCAUCCAUUGCCAUAGAUGAUAAUGUGGUCUGUUCAAGAAUAAGGCUUGAUGUAAGUAUACUCCCAAAGUUAUAACUUUGCUCGGAAUUCGGGGUGAGCUGACCAUCGUUAUCUUGACUGUUCACUAACGUAACACCUGGUGCAACUAACGUUACAGAAGAUCCCCCCUACUUGUAUUUCAUUAAUCACAAGAACUUCAUCAUGUUCCAUUGGAAGUCAUCUCUAAGCUUUGGAGUUCAUCAGAAUUUUGCGGUCAAAGUUCAUUUUUAGGAUGUUUAACACUGUAGCAGUAGCUUAGGGUGACAAAAUACAAAGGGAAUCAAAGUACCGACAGUGAAAAAGCAGAGUCAUGCUUAUAGACAAUGAAGACUCUGCUUGGUAGAACUUGGUUGUCCCCUGGGCAACUUGGUAAAAACGUUUAGUAGAUGUAUACGUUUAUGUUCUGCACACACUGCCCACGGCUACCAGAUAUUUCCUAACAAUAUGGGCGUCAUAAAUGAAGUAUUAAAGUGUAGAUCUUGGAGUCAUUUAGACUAAUAUUGGCACAGUUAUCUAUCUUAUAAUGCUCCUAUACCUUCCAAAUAUAAUUAAAAAAUAAUAAUAAUAAUAAUUUUUUUAUUCAUAUUUUAAACUUCUUUUUCACCGUGUUGAAUACAAAAUAAACAUGUUGCUUUAUAUUUACAUUACCUCAUUAUCACUGUCAUUAACCCAUUUUCUAAUGAUUUUUUGAAUUAAGUAUAUAUAACCAUUGUGGUGACAAUUUAUACAUCCGGAAAUUAACAAUUUUAAAAAUUCAAUUAAAACACAAGAGAGAAACCAUUUUAUACAAAUUUACUGUGAAGCUUAAAGCUCCUCCCCUUUUAUGGAGCACGUUGAUGAUUUAAAAUAUUUUACAAACCGGGCGCGAGAUUUUAUUAAGCAGCGUACGAUGUUGUCAUUGUCAUUACCCAGAAUCCUCCGGGUGCUGAAAUAUCACAUUAGAUCUCUUGAAGUAUUGUAUGCAUGUGACUUUAACAAUCUAAACUUUUGUAAAAAUUUUUAUUUACCCCAAAACUAAACCGUGUGUUUUUUUUGUUGUUUUAUUGUUCACGAUUUUGAGAUUUUUAUUUUUUUAUUUGUUAGCUAGUUUAUUUGAAUAUUUUUUUUGUUUUGUUAAGUACAAACUGUGCAUAUAUGAAAUGGCAUACCUAUUAAUAGAAAUAAAUACCUGUACGCUA